AUGAGGAGAUUUGUUUACUGCAAGGUGGUUCUAGCCACUUCACUGAUGUGGGUUCUUGUUGAUGUCUUCUUACUCCUGUACUUCAGCGAAUGUAACAAAUGCGAUGACAAGAAGGAGAGAUCCCUGCUGCCUGCAUUGAGGGCGGUUAUUUCAAGAAACCAAGAAGGGCCAGGAGAAAUGGGAAAGGCUGUGCUGAUUCCUAAAGAUGACCAGGAAAAAAUGAAAGAGCUGUUUAAAAUCAAUCAGUUUAACCUUAUGGCCAGUGAUUUGAUUGCCCUUAACAGAAGCCUGCCGGAUGUAAGAUUAGAAGGAUGCAAGACAAAAGUCUACCCUGAUGAACUUCCAAACACAAGUGUGGUCAUUGUGUUUCAUAAUGAAGCCUGGAGCACUCUCCUUAGAACAGUCUACAGUGUGAUAAAUCGUUCCCCACACUAUCUGCUCUCUGAGGUCAUCUUGGUAGAUGAUGCCAGUGAAAGAGAUUUUCUCAAGUUGACAUUAGAGAAUUAUGUGAAAAAUUUAGAAGUGCCAGUAAAAAUCAUUAGGAUGGAAGAGCGCUCUGGGUUAAUACGUGCCCGUCUUCGAGGAGCAGCUGCUUCAAAAGGGCAGGUCAUAACUUUUCUUGAUGCACACUGUGAAUGCACGUUGGGAUGGCUGGAGCCCUUGCUGGCAAGAAUAAAGGAAGACAGGAAAACAGUUGUAUGCCCUAUCAUCGAUGUGAUUAGUGAUGAUACCUUUGAGUAUAUGGCUGGGUCAGACAUGACUUAUGGGGGUUUUAACUGGAAACUGAAUUUCCGCUGGUAUCCUGUUCCCCAAAGAGAAAUGGAUAGGAGGAAAGGAGACAGAACAUUACCUGUCAGGACCCCUACUAUGGCUGGUGGCCUAUUUUCUAUUGACAGAAACUACUUUGAAGAGAUAGGAACUUACGAUGCAGGAAUGGAUAUCUGGGGUGGAGAGAAUCUUGAAAUGUCUUUUAGGAUUUGGCAAUGUGGAGGGUCAUUGGAGAUUGUGACUUGCUCCCACGUUGGUCAUGUUUUUCGGAAGGCAACUCCAUACACUUUCCCUGGUGGCACUGGUCAUGUCAUCAACAAGAACAACAGGAGACUGGCAGAAGUUUGGAUGGAUGAAUUUAAAGACUUCUUCUAUAUCAUAUCCCCAGGUGUUGUCAAAGUGGAUUAUGGAGAUGUGUCAGGGAGAAAAACACUAAGAGAAAAUCUGAAGUGUAAACCCUUUUCUUGGUACCUAGAAAACAUCUAUCCGGACUCCCAGAUCCCAAGACGUUAUUACUCACUUGGUGAGAUAAGAAAUGUUGAAACUAAUCAAUGUUUAGACAACAUGGGCCGCAAAGAGAAUGAAAAAGUGGGUAUAUUCAACUGCCAUGGUAUGGGAGGAAAUCAGGUAUUUUCUUACACUGCUGACAAAGAAAUCCGGACCGAUGACUUGUGCUUGGAUGUUUCUAGACUCAAUGGACCUGUAAUCAUGUUAAAAUGCCACCAUAUGAGAGGAAAUCAGUUAUGGGAAUAUGAUGCUGAGAGACUCACCUUGAGACAUGUUAACAGUAAUCAAUGUCUCGAUGAACCUUCAGAGGAAGACAAAAUGGUGCCUACCAUGCAGGACUGUAGUGGAAGCAGAUCUCAACAAUGGCUGCUAAGGAACAUGACCUUGGGGGUGUGAAGACCACCCCCUAUCCAUGAAAGUGUCUACACUUUUGUUUUUCCAUUAUAUCAACUAGGGAAAAAUAUUAACUUUGCUGAAUUGAAAGUUUUAAAAAUCCUUUUAGUAUUCUAAAACACAGUUGUUUAUAAUUUAUUUUUAGGAAUGUUUGCUUAUUUCCCUACUAAAAUUUGUAUCUGAUCAAAGAAGCACAUAAAAAAUAUAAAUAUUAGCAAACUGUUAUUAAACAUCAGAACUUGAAAAUCCAAUUGUGUUUGCUUUAAAAAAAAAAGUAUUGCCCUCUUGUCACAGGGUUAGUUGGGGGUUAUUUUAUUUGUUGUUGUCAUAGUGAUUGAAAGAAAGAUAAUGUAAAUGCCUUAUACAAUAACUUCAUUAUGAAAUAUUAUCAAUUGCUUUAUAAACUCACUCUUUCUACUGGACUUUCAUGGAAACAUGUUGAAUUUUUAUGUCAACAACAGGGCCACAUAUUAGAUUAUUUCUGAACAGUGAAUUCAUCUUAUAAAAUGUUAGUUCCAAAUUUUGUACCAGGAAAUAAAUUAAAUUGGAUAUUGAAUUCACAGAGUCUUUAUAAAGCAUCACAUCUAAACAAAUGCGAAUUCAAAAAAGAGGAGAAUUUGAAAAUUCGAUUUAAAGUACAU